CCUAGUCACUGAGCCGCCGCCGAGGACUCAGCAGCCUCCCCCUCGAGCCCCCUCGCUUCCCGACGCUCCGUCCCCCGCGCCCGCCUUCUCCCGCCACCGCCUUCCGCAGGCCGUUUCCACCGAGGAAAAGGAAUCGUAUCGUAUGUCCGCUAUUCAGAACCUCCACUCUUUCGACGCCUUUGCUGAUGCAAGUAAGGGUGAUGACCUGCUUCCUGCUGGGACUGAGGAUUAUAUCCACAUAAGAAUUCAACAGAGAAACGGCAGGAAGACCCUCACUACUGUCCAGGGGAUCGCUGAUGAUUACGAUAAAAAGAAACUAGUGAAGGCAUUCAAGAAGAAAUUUGCCUGCAAUGCUACUGUAAUUGAGCAUCCAGAAUAUGGAGAAGUAAUUCAGCUACAGGGUGACCAGCGCAAGAACAUAUGCCAGUGCCUCGUCGAGAUUGGACUGGCUAAGGACGACCAGCUGAAGGUUCAUGGGUUUUAAGUGCUUGUGGCUCACUGAAGUUUAAGUGAGGAUUUCCUUGCAAUGAGUAGAAAAAUUCCCUUCUGUCCCUUAUCACAAGUUUAAAAACCUCACUGCUUGUAUAAUGUAACCAUUUGGGGUCCGCUGUUUAACUUGGACUAGUGUAACUCAUUCAUGUAAUAAACUGAAAAGAGCCAUAAAAAAAAAA